CAAAUACUGAUGGGUGAAAAUUCAGGUCUAUGCCAGCGUCGUCGAUGGCCCGAACCCUCGUAUCAGACAUCGUACAGUCCAGCGGGAUAUCGGUGCAUUGUCCGAGUGAACAAUCGUGAAUACCAGACAUCAACGUACCACUCCUCAGAAUCAUCAGCUAAAGAAGGGGCUGCCCUGAUUGCCUUCAACAUUUGUCGGAAUUUUUCCGCCAACGAUGGCAUGUAUCCUACUGGAUUCGCCCACGGCGGAGUCAUCCAAGGAAACCCAGUUCCUGUAGGUUCAGGUCGACACAGCCGCGGCAGUGGGAACGACCACCGAGCAGAGUAUCGCUACGGCGACACGGAUAGCUCUGGCAGCAGGAGCGGAGGCAGCUCUCCAGACUGGGCUGAUGGUCGUCGCUCCGAUCCACACAGUCGCACAUCAGGAGGGCGGCGAAGCCUUUACUCCUCGCCCUCCUCUUCCCAUGAUUUGAAGUACACUGGUGGCCGACGCAUUGUGACACGCUACUAG